GAUUACUGGCCUGGACAGUCGUUGGGGGGAGUGGUAUUGUUGCUUGUGUUCGGGUAAUGGAGCAGGCAGGAAUGCCGAAAGUGGCGAAUUUGCAGGAUUUAAUUCGGGCUUUGCAUCAAAUUUUUGAGAAUGACAAGAUUGAUGUGGAUGAGGUGCGGGACAUGCUGGAAUCCUACAAAAGUGACCGUUCCGAAUGGUUGAAAUACGCGAAGUUUGACAAGUACAGAUACACAAGGAAUCUAGUUGAUGAAGGAAAUGGCAAGUUUAAUCUGAUGAUACUAUGCUGGGGUGAAGGCCAUGGAAGCAGUAUCCAUGAUCAUGCUGAUUCCCACUGCUUCUUAAAACUGCUUCAGGGACAGUUGAAGGAAACACUCUUUCACUGGCCUGAUGGCAGGGGAAAAGAACUAAACAAGAAGUUUGAGACCAUUCUACAAGAAAAUCAGUGUACCUACAUCAAUGAUUCACUUGGGGUGCACAGAGUUGAAAAUGUGAGUCACACUGAGGUGGCAGUCAGCCUUCACUUGUACAGUCCACCCUUUGACUCCUGCAACUGCUUUGAUCAAAGAACUGGGCACAAAAAGAAAGUGAGCGUUACUUUUACCAGCAAAUAUGGGGAGAUCAUUCCUCCUACAGAGACUGUUACUCAAGAAAACAACUGAUCAAUUUGUUAGACCAGCACGCCUGCUCAGUGAAUUUCAUGAAAAUGCACAUGUACUGCAACAUUACAUGUGAACCUGUCGGUGACCUCUUUUGCUUCUACAUUUAUAAACGAGAGGAAGAAAAUUAUUAUAGCCUUGCCUGUGCUGCAAUGUUGAAUGGUUGAUCUUUACACUAUAAUCUGAUUUAAGCAAACUCAUUUUUUUUAGAAAGUCUUUGUAAUCACUGUUUUGGCUUGGGAUAGUAGAGUACAUGUUAAUGAAACUCUCUUUAGCAAUCAUCUUGCAUGCUUGUAACAAUGUUUGUUUGCCAAUGUGUCAUGAAGUUAAUUUUUCUAUUUUUUUAAUACUAAUGGAAUUUCCUGACAUUUGGAACACCUUCUAAAAUAAAAUGACAGUUUUUGUUCUUUCUCUUGGCAUUUGGAGAAUGUUGGCUAACACUUUGUAAUGUGGUAGAAUUAUGCAAUAGCAUCCUGCAAGGAAACAGCUGUAAAUGUAUUAAUUUUUAAUUGCAGAUCUGUUGGCUUGAAGCUUUGAUCAUUUCACUUGAUAUUGUCUGAAGUAACUUGUGUAUAUUUUGAAAAAGCAUACAUUUUAUUAAUGUGUCAAUUGUUUAAUAAACUCUAAGCUUUGAAA